AGUCUCCAAGAGUUGAUCCAACACACUCACAAAGGCUUCAAGAAAAUGGAUUUACAAUAGUAACUUAAUACAAUGUGUGAUCUGAUUGAUUAAUUUUUACCUUAUUUUGUUUUUCUUUUUGUUAAUUAUAUUUGUUUUAAUAUAAAUUGUAGACUAACCAUUUAUUUUUUUGUUUCAUUUUCAUUUAUACUUGGAAUCACAUUGUUGUCAUUAAUAGUUGCCACCCAAAAGAGAGAGGAGAGAAGAGAGAAAGAAGAGAGAGAGAGGUUGAGAAAGAAGAAGAAGAGAGAGAGAGAGAGACACACCAUCCAUCUUUCCAUCCACCACCAUCAUUAUCAUCAGAUUUUGUUAUACCAACAUCCUGAUGAGUGCUCCAGAAAGUAACAAUGAUACUCCACCGCCUGUUUUCAAAUAUAAGAUAGGUGAGAGAGUUUUAGCUCGAUGGUCAGAUGGUAAAGAUUAUCCAGGAGUGGUUGCCAGUUAUUUUCCCGAUGGUGCGUAUAAUGUUAUCUUUUAUGAUGGUUAUCGGAAGAAGGUUAAGCAAAAGUAUAUGGAACCACUUCCAGAGGAUUAUGAGAAGAAAGAAUUUCCCGUUGCUCUUAUAUCACCAAGUAAACCAUCUAAAGCUAUUCAACAGACUGUGGUUGAUACAACUAUUCCAAUUCAAACUGAGAAUGAUAGGACACCCAAGAUGGAGGUUUCAUUAGUUCCAGUGUUACCAAAGAAAGAAUUUUUCAUUGAAGAGGAUCACAAUCAUUUUAAAUGUCCGGCAGAAAAUUGUACAAAAGCAUUUAGGAAAGAAAAAGCUUUAUCUGGACAUUUGAAACACUAUCAUCCUGAAUUAGCACCACCAAAGAGACAAAGCAAACCGCCUUCAACUAAAUCAGAGGAUUCACCGAAACCAAGUGAAACCGAACAGCCAGUUAAAAGUAAACAGCCGAGUAAAAGUCAAGAGAAACUUAAAAUUGGUACAACAGUCGAACCGAAUAUCAAAACACCAUCAAAAUCUUCACACAAACAAAAUAUCUUGGCAAAUUUAACGGCCAAAAACAAGGAAAAGGAGGAAAAGGAGGAAAAAAAGGAUAAAGAGGAUAAAGAUCUCUUAGCAAGACUACAAGAGGAACCUAAGGCGACAUUGGGUGAACAGUUUCAAAGCAAAUCAUUAACAACAAAUGACCAGAAAAAUAAACCUAUUUUAAGUAGCGAGCUCACAACUACUAGCAAUCAAGAGGAAGUGAAAUCUACAAUUAAACAAAAAUCACCGAUGAGAGUGGAUAAAGGUGAUGAAAAACAAGUUCCAAUUACAUUAGCAACACCAACUAAACCACCAGAAAAACAUUCUAUGGUCAAAUUGGCUACUCCAGUUCAAUCUACUAAUGAUAAAACUCCUAAAAUGGAAGUCUCCUUAGUUCCAGUAUUACCACAUCCAAAGAAAGAGUUUUUCAUUGAAGAGGAUCACAAUCAUUUUAAAUGUCCAGCUGAAAAUUGUACAAAAGCAUUUAGAAAAGAAAAAACUUUAUCUGGACAUUUGAAACACUAUCAUCCUGAAUUAGCUCGACCCCCUAAAAGAAAACAACCAUCACCACCAACUCCAUCAAAACCACCAAAAUCACCUAAACCACCAACAUCAUCAAUUCCACAAAAUCUACACCAAAAUCAGAAAAUAAUUCAUCUAAAACCAAACCAACUUCCAAUUAAAAUAAUAGAAACACCUAAAUCUUUACCAGUAGUGCAAACGCCAUUAAAAACACCACCAGCAUCAUUACCAUCACCAACAGUGGCAGCUACAGUCACACCAACAACACCAGUUAAAGAACCAACUAGUAAAAGCUCAUCAAAAAGUAAAAAAGUUAAAAAUGACCAACAAAAAUCGUCAACUGUAAAUAAAGAAGGCACUGUCACCAGCCAAAAGUCAUCAACUAAAUCUAGUAGUAAAUCUAAAAGUAAUACUGGAAAACAGACUAAUCCAUUGUCAAACAAUUUAGAGACAUCAACUCCGUUCAAAACCACUCCUGAUACACAUUUAAAAAGUAAUUUCAAUGUAUAUAUGCCCUUGGAACUACAAGUGCCAUGUGAAUUAAAUACGUCAAAUUCACCAGUGACUCUAUUCAGUCCCUCACCAAUUGGUAAAGAUACACAUCCACCUCUUCCUCCUCUCACUCCCUUACCGACAAAGAGAAAGGAUUCACAUUCUCGUCCAUCUGAUCACAAUAAUCAACCAAUCACCCAACCACCACCACCACCACCACCACCAACUACGACUGGUAAAAAGAGAGGACGUAAAAGAAAAUCUGAACUAUUGGAAGCAUCAACUGACUUUAUCCGUUUCAACAGCGAGUUAAACAAAUCAAAUAAAUUGCGAAUUGUUGAAAAGGUUUCAAGUGUUUCACCAUCAAUGUUGAUGUUAGAUGAAUCCAAUCCUAUUCCAAAUUCUGUUCUUCCAUUUAGUGAUCCUCGAACUAUACGAGAAAUUCACGAAAGUGAUGAUGUCGAUGAAUUGGUCAAUUGUAUCUGUGAUUUAAGAAAAGAAUCUGGUCUAAUGGUUCAAUGCGAAUGUUGUCUAACUUGGCAACAUGGUUCAUGCCUUGGAAUCAAAUCAGAGAAAGAUCUUCCUGAAGUCUACGUUUGUUUCAUAUGCAAAAAUCCUCGUGGAUGUCGUGAAAAAUCUCGAUAUAAUUAUGAUUGGACUUGGUUGAGAAAUGGUUCACUACCUGUUCUACCUGGAGACAGUCAAUAUUUAAAUAAAAUCAAUUCUUCAGAUGCUCUACUUAACAAGAAAAAGAUCAUGACAACUAAUCAACUGUUAAGCGCUGCAUUAGAAGUAGUAAAUGUUAUACAUGACUUGAAACGAAAAAUAGCAAUGGUAGAUUCUAAAAGUAUUGAUCUAAGUGCUUGGAAUAGUUCCUGGUCACCUAAAGAGUCAAAAAUAAUUUCGACGCAACAAGAUAUUGUUCAAAAUGAUUUUGCUACAUUGAAAGCAAAUGAGAACGAUAUGAUUAACGAUAUAUUGGACUUUUCGAAAAACAUUCUGGAAACAGUUCCAACUGAUCAAGAUAAAAAUGAUGUUCCUGAUGAUCUUGAGAAUGAGAUUGCUGAAGGAACUGAUUUAAUUGAUUUUAUUGCAUCAUCUUAUGGUGAAUUAAAUGGAAUCAAGGAGGAAGAAUCAAUUAACCAUGUGACCAAUCUAACAUCAUCACAAUUAACCGAAGAAACAUCUAAAUUAAACCCUAGCAAUGGACCAGAUUUUCAGUUAGUUAAAGAUGAACCAAUGGAUUGUGAGGAAAUGAUUACUAAUUGUCAAGAUCAAUUGUUACCCAAACAAGAAACAAAAUCAGAUUCAUUAGAUAUUAAACCUAUUCUAUCACUUGGCGGUGAUCAUUUGACUCCAAGAAUACCAACAAUAGAUUCUAGUUUUGACUCAGAAAAGGCUUUUAAUUCAACAAUUAAAAUGGAAGUGAAUAUUAAUCAUCAUCAUGAAACAGCAAUUAAAGAAGGGACAGUAGAAGAUGAUCAUCAAGCUAUUUGUCGACAAAAUUUAAUCGACCAUAUACUGGAUAUUCAAAAUCGACUGGAAAGAGAUUAGAUCUUCUCGAAUCUAAAGUAAAUGAAUUAGAAAGAGAGUAUGGGCUUGACCUGACCCAGUUAAAGUUGAACAAGAUACUUUCACCUUUAAAACAUAAUUAAAGAUCUUUAUAAGGAUUUAGAAAUUGUUCAUAAGAUAAGUUUAUGUACGAGAUGAGUUUGUAAAUAAUAAAACGAACCAAAUUAAUUUAAAACAUAACCAAUUGAACAUUCAAAAUGGAUUCAUUCAACUAGAAUUGGCUAUUCACAAAAAAAAAUGAUUCGGAUGCUGAAUAUUAAUCGCUGACAAAAAAAAAGAUUAUCUAACCAGUUAAAACUGUUGCCUUCGUCACUUCAUUGUCAUCUUUCAUCCUUUCAUUGAGCUUUUCACAGGAUAAUCUCACAAUUAAUCAUCUCACAUGGAAUCGUUUCUUCAGUAUUUUCAUUUGAAAAAAAAAUCAUCUGUAUUUGUAACUCAUCAUCUCUCUCUCUCACUCCUUCACUCUCUCUCUCUCUCUACUUCCUUUUGCUUAAUACCUUACAACCAGCUUAUAAAUUCAAUGUAUUAUAAUCAAUUCCUACAGAUAAUUGUCUUAAAUAUCUAAAUAACGCAAAAAAAUUAAAAAAAAACCUUAAAAUUGAA